AUGGAUACUCUCAUGAGAAGUCUGCCCUCGCAGCUGGCCGACUUCGUCAUCAAUCACCAGUCCCUUCUUGAGAUUGUGUCCAUGUUCUCAAUAGGUGCAUACAAUGCCAUCGAAGUCGGUAUCUCAACGUUCAACUAUUUUACUCGGUACCGUGGCACAUACUUUUGGAGCAUGCAAGUGGCAUCAUGGGGAAUCUUACUUCAGGCACUCUCUGCCCAAGUUCACUACCUUACCCACGUACCUGCUUUACCCUUGUGCAUUUUUUUCAUCAUCGGUUGGUACGGAAUGGUCACCGGUCAAGCCAUGGUACUUUAUUCUCGACUUCAACUCGUCGUCCCGGAUCGAUCCGCAGUCCGUUGCGUUCUGGGCAUGAUAAUCACCAACGCUAUAAUCCUACAUAUCCCCAUGACCGUUCUGUUUUUCGGUGUGAAUCUCGGCGACGAACGCUUUCACCGCGCGGCCCACAUUUACGACCGAAUCCAACUUACUGGAUUCUGCAUCCAAGACCUUAUCAUCUGCGGAAUAUACAGUAACCAAGCCCGCCGAUCUCUCAAACCCGUCAUACCAGCUCGCGGUCGUGAUGGCCAACGAGUACUAACUCAUUUGAUACUUGUCAACAUCCUGGUCGUGUUAAUGGACCUAGCACUCGUUUUUGUUGAGUUCAAAGCACACUACCUCGAAGUUAGUAUCAGGACGGUCAUAUACAGCAUCAAGUUGAAGCUGGAAUUCGGUGUUUUAACACGCCUUCGCUCGUUGACACGAACACAACCCUGCGUUUGCACAAAUGAUCCUGGUAGUCCACGCCGGUCCAGCGAUAUCAACAUCUUCGAUAUAAUGCGUGCGAAAUCGCGUGUCUCUCCCGAUAUCGAAGCUCCGUCCCUUUUUGUGGAUCCUGACUCUACUCAAAGACGUCGUUCGUUACGGAGUGGCACAUAUGAUUUCCAUCAAGCGCUACGUGAUACCGCUUCCACUGAAAAUAUGGUUUCUCCUGCCCAUUCCCGUGUACGUUCUUGUUUGACUUCCGACAUAACAGAAGGAAGACCAAGAAUUGGGUCUGCCGAUACAAGGUGUGCUGUUGAGACGGUUUUGAGCAAGUCGAUCAAGUGA